AUGAUUACGCAGGAGUUUCGAGAGAAGGAGCGGGAGCAGGCAGCACUAGCCAAGCAGUACGGGGUUGCAGCAGAUGUUGGUUCAGACAGCACUGCUGGUAGGGAAGCCCAGGCUCCUGAUAAAGCCGGUGCUGAUGCUGAUGAUAGUCCAGCUGCUGGUGAUUCUGGUUCCACUGGCCACACUGCGAGUUCCCACCAGUCCUCGGCAGCCAGGCGGCUCGGGCUCGACCUGCCUCAGUCCGGUGUGGGCCCGACCCAGGAGAAUGUGGCUCGGGCAAAGGAGGUUCGGGAGAUUGCAAAGCAUCCUCCUGAUGCCGGUGCAGCUGGUGAAGGGGCUAGCCCAGGGGCUGGUCUGGGCCCUGGGAUAGUGGAUGUGGCACAUGGCGGAGAAGGCGAAGAGGAGGAAGAGGAAGGAGGCGAGCGUGAGGAAGGAUUUGAUGAUCAGGGGGCGGUGCGAGUGUGCGAUGUCCAACUGCUGCAGCAGCAUGCCGUGCGUUUGCUGCAUCUGCAGCAGCGACUCUGA